UCUGCGUGUCCUGCGGACUCGGAUCGGACCGAGCUCUCUCUCUCUCUGCGGGAAACUUGAGCGGAACUUCCGCCGGCGGAGGAAGCAAUGCAGCAGUGAGCCUCGCACCUGCUCCCGGAGUUCCUCUCGAAGAAUCCUCCUCAGCUUCUCAAGAUGGAGCUUCUUCUGCUGCUCUCGUCUCUGUUGGUGCUCUGUGUUUCCACGGAGCAGGAGGUGGAGAAUCUCUCCGGACUUUCACCGAAUCCCGACCGGGAUAUUUUCGUUGUGAGAGAAAAUGGAACGACUUGCUUGAUGGCGGAGUUUGCGGUGAAAUUCCUGAUUCCCUACGACGUUCUGGCGCUGAACGGGAUCGAUCUGAUCACGGAGCAGGCGUCCAUGUCGAUCCCUCGUGGAGCUCAGAUCGCUGGGAAAUGCGGGAGCAGUGAGUCGGAGCUGCACAUCUCGUGGCUCAAUCACGCGUUCACAUUCCGCAUCUUCUUCUCAAAGGAGAAACGCACGAUGGGCAGUGAUGGAAAAGCUAAAGAAACCGAAGUGUGGAAGAUAAACAAGGUCCAGCUGGUCUACGACACUUCAGAGACGACACACUUCAUUAACGCUUAUAAUCCGGGGAAACACACGGCCAGCACACACCGUCUCUCUGCUCUGGUGACUCCGGCCGGACGCUCGUUCGUUUGCGCGGCUCAGCAGACGCUCACACUGAUCUCCAGCGAUCAUCAGAAGGGAAUCACCGUCUCCAUCUACGACAUUCAGAUUCAACCCUUCGACAUCAAGAGUGACUUCGUCUUCAGUGAACCGUAUAAAUGCAUCACGGAUCAGCGGGAGCAGCUGGAGCAGACCCUGCCGCUGGUGUUGGGUCUCAUCCUGGGCCUCAUCAUCGUCAUCACCAUCUCCGUUUAUCACUUCCACCUCAAACUGAGCGCCUCGCAGCAGCCGCAGCUUCCUCGUGACCGCUCGCUCUACAAGAACAUGUGAAGACUCUCUAUGCACUCGCACCCGUCCAGACGUCUCAGUGCUCCUCCUUUCUGUCUGGGUUCUGUGUGUCCAUUGUGUGGAAGCCCAUUUCCACCGUAGAAUUCAAAAUAAUUAGAAAGGUAAUUGCCACUUUUUCUCAGAAUUGAAAGGUAUAAACUCAUAAAUGUGAGCAACUGGGAAAAAAAAGCCAUAAUUGUGAGAUUAACACACAAUUACCUUUUAUUCCGUAGCUACGGUAAGAUGUGACCCUGGAGCUGUGAAGAAAAAAAUUUUUCGACAAAAACGUCAAUUGUGUAAUAAAGUCCUAGAAUUUAAAGAAAAAAAAGUCAAAAAUGUAAAUUUAGAAAUCGUAAAAACAAAGUGAGUUGCACGAUGUAAACCUCUGAACUGAAUCUGAAUUGUAAACUUUAGAAACCAGAGUGAAAAGAAAGAAAGAAAAGUCAAAUGCGUGAUGUACACUUAGUUUUCUGAGAAAAAAAAUCUAUAUAGUGAGCUGUAACAAGAUCUGAAGAGAAAAAGAAUUGUGAGUUAACAUCUUGCAGUUCUUUCUCUUUAUAUCUCGACUGAAUUUUCUUCUUAUUGCGGUGGAAAAAGGUUUUCGUACAGAUGUCUUGUCUAGAUGUUAGAUGUCCUGUAGACGCUUCUCUCAUCACGUACGUCGUUUUCCACAAUCACUGUAAAAAUAGAGAUAUUUAAAUCGCUUGAAGGAUAAGAAUAAAGUACAACUAUUUAUUGAUAAUUAUUUCAUGAUUAUUGCUUAUUUUGUGAUUAUUGAAGAUGUAAUGAUUUGCUAAACGUCUGUCCGUGUACUGAAGUGUGUGUGAAACGGACCGGGAGGACUUUUAGAAGAUCUUUGAGGUUUUUGUUUUCCGGCUGAAAAAGGCAAAGAUCCAUCAGAAUCAAAGACGACACGGAGAUGAAUGGAGAAUCAAUAAGAAGCGGCCGGACAGCAGUAACAUCACUGGCAUUAAAGAUUUCCACAAAUGAGCUGCGAUGCUCUGAGAUCGAUGUCUGGAGUCUCGGGCGCCGAGGCCGUUAUUGAUCCCACGUCGCCGGCGCUCAAUUAAAAACACGGCUUCUGCCGGCCGCUGAUUUAUGCUUCCAUCAUAAAGGCUUCUUAAAGUUCUGCUGUUGGAUGUGUGCCGUGUUUCUCUGCAGCUCAGAUCAUUCCAGCAUGUUCAGAUUCCUGAAUAAACCUUGGUUUUUUGUUGAACCGUU